UGACCUUCAUCUCAGGACUCAGUUUCCUUCCCCUCAGGUUUGGGACACACAACUUCUCGUCUGUUCUUGUGGAUUCUCUAGUAACAUGCAGCCUGUGCUUUUUGUCACCGUUUGGCUCCUGGUGUUGUCGGCUGUAACGGGAUAUCCGACAGGCGCUCCGGUCGCCAGGUGUGUGGAUAUGACCCCCGGACACGGUGUCCCUUCACAGACGAGCCCCUCUCCUUACACCAUCGUGAUCAGCAGCACCACCUUCACCCCGACUCAGUCAAUCAGAGUAACUAUUCAGGGCCCGAUGUACCUUGGUUUGCUCCUGCAGGCUCGAUCGAACAACACAGAUGCUGUGGGGACCUGGGGCACACCACCACCCGACACAAAGUACUUAGCGUGCUCAAACAACUCUCAAGGUGCCAUCACACACUCCAACAGAAACAGUAAGAACAACGAGACCACCUACACCUGGAUUCCUCCUGAUUCCAUCGAAAGCGCCUUCAUCAGGGCCACUGUAGUUGCAAACAGAACCACUUUUUGGGUAAACCUCUCAUCAGAAAAGCUGAGCAGAGCCUCAGGCGCAGCAGCUGAGGUCAAGAUGGCCAUCACGCCCGUCAUGUUUCUCGCCUUCCUGAUGUCGAUGGCGUUCCAGUAGUCUGUCGAUGCUCCUUCGGUCGUCUCCGUGUCACUCUUCCUGUCCGACGUCCUGUCGUACGACUCCGGAGCCGUGUUUAUAAACAGAGAUAAAUAUAUAAUAGAUCUUUUUUAUUCUGAAUGAUGUAUGAAAUGAAGGUGAUGAUAAAUAUAGGAUCUGAUUUGAAAUGUU